GCUCAGGCCGCGCCCGUUGCGCGCCUAGGUCCGCCCGUUCCGCGCCCCUCGCCUCCAGGACCGGCGCGAGGCAAAGGGCCUCACCCGAGGGGGGUGAGCCGGGCCCCGGCCACGAUGAGCAGCAGCGACUACUUGUCGUCUGGCGGCGUCCGCACCCCCGAGAUCCUCGCCCAGGCGCCUCGGCAGCCGCUUCGGCAGCCGCAGCAAGGAAAGCAGGCCGCCACCAAGGAUGAGCUCUUCCUGGAGGGCUACGGGCGCCAGUUCGGUGAGAAGCUCACGUACAGCAUGGGGCUGACGUACGGCAUGGGGCUGCUGGGCGGCGGCGCCUACGGGGCCCUGCUCGGGCUGCGGCAGGGUGGCGCCACCCCGAAGCUCUUUGUGAACUCGGUGCUCAACUCGAGCAGUCGCUACGGGCCUGCCCUGGGGAACCAGUGCGCUGUCAUCACCCUCUUCUACGUUACCUUCAACAACUUGGUCUCUUGGGGGCGAGGUGCGGACGAUUCCGGCAACGCGGCUGUGGCAGGCGGAUUGGCAGGGGCGCUCUACAAGUCGGCGAGCAGGUCGUGGCAGCCAGUAGCCAAGUACUCUUCCGCCUCCGCGGUUUUCUUCACCGCCCUGGACUGGGGCACUCGCAGCGGCUACUUCUGACGCCGCAUAGUGCAGUUGGAGGGUGGAUGGGGUGGACAACUUUCUGUUCAGGAGGGGGCUCUGGCGUUCGGGCCGCUCCUCCUUGAUGUUGGCCAGAGCGCCCACCCGUGGCCGAGGCUCACCAUGGCCAGGAAAGCUCCGUGGUUCCUGCUUUGGCGUUUCCCGUGGUGCAGUCGGGGCGUCUUCCCCCUCCUCCUAUCCUCCUCGUCCUCAUCGUCUUCCUCCUCCCCGUCAGGGGUCUCCCUUCUCCCUACCCUGUCGCCUGCCACUGUUGCCAGGUAUGAGUCCGGGGCACCUGCUGCGCUAUUGCGCGGCCCUUCGCGCAACCGGUGCUGCCCGCUACCUGGCCGCUUGUGCCCUUCCCAUCCCCGAGUGCUGCCCGCUGCCGUCCGGCCCUUUUUGCAGCCACGAAGCCGUGGGGUGCCGGACCCAGGGAGGCUGCACGCGAGGCCGGCCUCGGCAGGAAACGG